UAACCGAGCAGACCACCCACCUCUUAGCAGAAAUGGCUUCUAAGCUUACUCUUGUCUUCGCAGCAGUUGUGCUCGCCUGUCUUGGCGUAGCCGUCGCUGCCCCUCACGAUGAACAGCUGAACGCUUACAGCUACGGUUGCAGCAGCCUUUCACUAGAAUACCUCCGCCAGCAGAUCCAAAUCUGCACCAAGAACGUCCCCGGUUCGCGUUAUUUCAACCCUGGCUGGACGUGCGGUGUCGAAGUCAGCAGCGCACUAAGGGGCGGAUCCUCCUGCUCACUGGAACGUGCUCCGGCCUUGCUGAACCGCUGUCUGGAAAGAUACUACCUUGAUGGUGCGGCGUCACAGAGAUGCCUCCAGGGUGCAAUUGACAACGGAAGCUGUUGCUAAUCACUGUAUUCUACAAUAAUUGUGCAGAGUCAAUACGGCAGUGUUAAAAAAACAAUAAACAAAUUAUUUGAGCUUAUAAACCAGCCAUA